AUGUCUUCGAGAAUGCAUAAUUUCAAGAAUAACAACAAGUCAACUUUUGGACUACAUCGUUCUCUUAUGAAAUCAAAGUCAAACCAAGUUUGGCGAGAAGACUUUAAAAAACAAUGCUUACAAAGUAUUAAGAAACUAAAAGAUCAAGAACUAAAUAAACGAAGAGGAAUACUUGUUGAUAGUGAACCUGACCAACAUCAGUGGAUUCGAAAGAUAGUUUUGAAUGAAUGGAAAAAACUUCAAACAAAUGAUCUUAUACGUUCUAAUAAAAUCAUUCAAGAUAUUAAUACAUCUUUAGAAGAAGAAUUUUUUCAAGAGAUUGAGCAAGAGGAAAUUGAUUUGUCGUAUCAAAUUGGAGUUUAUGAAGAGGAAUAUUUAAAUUCAACACAAAACGCUAAUACAAAUACUUUUAUAAAAAAUGAUAUAAAUGAACAACAAUUGCAAGAUUCUGAUAUUACAAUGACAUUCGAUGAAACAAUUUAA